ACCGAGGAGGACAGGAAGAACAACCUGCGACUCCAGGAUCUGGUCGACAAGCUGCAGCUCAAAGUGAAGGCUUACAAGAGGCAGUCGGAGGAAUCGGAGGAACAGGCCAACACCAACCUGUCUAAGUACCGCAAGCUGCAGCACGAGCUGGAGGAAGCCGACGAGCGUGCAGACAUCGCUGAGUCUCAGGUCAACAAGCUGCGGGCCCGCUCCCGGGAUAGCGGUGUUGUCAAGGCUGGAGAAUCAGAAUAAUUCUGAAACCCUUUGCACACAAGCAAUGCAACUCAAGUACAGCACAGUAAUUAAGUUACUGCAAAUGACUUGAUGUAGGAACUAUCAAUAAAAUGGUUUCAAAGUCAA